AUGGCCAUUGAUACAAACGAGACAUUCCUCUUGAUCUUAGUUCUGCUUCUAACACUCAGAGAAAGCUUCACCGUUGCAGAUGAUACCCUUUCGAUGGAUGAGUUUCUCGUAGCGUAUAAUCCCGACGGCCUAUUAUCUAAUAAUAACAAAUUUACACUCGGAUUUUUCCAACGAUCAGGUAAUUCUACAAAAAUCUACCUGGGGAUUUGGUACACAGGGUUUGGAGGCCAGAGGAUUGUUUGGGUAGCAAAUAGAGAAAACCAUUUGUCUAGCCUAUUAACUUCAACACUCGAAUUCUCAGAUGACGGCAAUCUAGUCCUUCUGCAAACUCCCUCCGAGAUAUUUUGGUCCACAAAUUUGAGGUAUCUCCCGCCAAAUUCAACUGAAGCAGCACUUCUUGAUGAUGGGAAUUUUGUUUUAAGAGAUAGGUCGAACCUUUCUACUAUAUUUUGGGAGAGUUUCGACCAUCCAACAAAUGCAUGGCUGCCAGGUGCAAAGCUUGGAAUCGAUAAUGUAGGAAAAGUACCGAAGCGGCUUAUUUCAUGGAGAAAUUCAGAAGAUCCAUCACCGGGUGUGUUCUCGUUCGAUCUAGAUCACCCAAAUGGAGUCUUCCAAUUUAUCUUAGAGUGGAACAACUCCCAUGUUUAUUGGAGUAGUGGAGUUUGGAACAGUUCAUCUUUUCCCUCCGUUCCUCCGGCCUGGUUCCAAGCUGGUAUCUACAAUUUUAAUUUCGUGUCAAAUGAAAACGAAACCUAUGUUACUUAUUCUCUUUCUAGUGUUUCCAGGGUUGACCAUCUUGAGAUUACUUCUACUGGACAGAUCCAGCCUGUUGAGCUGAAGCAGACCUCUCUCCUUAACCCACCUUCUUUACUUUGGGUUCGCCCGAUAUUACUAUCAAAUGUCUUCGCAUUGUGUGGUGCAUUUGGCAUGUAUGACGAUAAUUCAUCUUACCCUUGUGAUUGUCCAAAAGGUUUUGAACCAUUUUCAGAUACGGAUACCAGACUAAAUGAUUGGUCAGAUGGUUGUCGGAGGAAACACCCUUUGGAAUGUGAGAAUCGUAAUGGCAAAAAAGACUGGUUCUUGAAAAUAUCAAACCUGAUAUUGCCUUUUAACAAUACAGCAUAUUCGGUAGUGAGUGCUAAGAGAUGUGAAUUAGCUUGCAUGAAUAAUUGUUCUUGCACAGCUUAUGCACAUAACAGCAACGGGUGUAUGACAUGGGAAGGAUCUCUUUUGAACAUGCAGCGACCCAGCUCAUAUGGUAGUGAGGCAGGACAGGAUAUAUAUCUCAGACUUGCAGCCGAUGAGCGUCAAAGUACCAAAGGCAGGAUGAAUAUGAUGAAACCCACAUAA